AUGCCUGCUACAGCUAACGUCAGAACCUUGAGGUUCAUCUUGCUUGCAUUCUUCUCUAUUGCCGUCCUCUACAAAAUCUUCACCAGUUCAUCCUCAAACUAUAGUCCUUCCCUCAACGUUCCGCCCGCCGGUGGAAGCGACAUCGGGAAAAUCCCACCACAGCUUCCCAAAUCAGAGCUCAGCAGUGGCGACACCAAACCCGAUUCCGAAGAGGAUCAAUCUCCAUUCUCCCAUGGUACUACUCCAAAUGCCAAAAACAACUUCCCCCUCACCGGAACUGCUCCCGGAAAGCGCGCAAAUGCUACUUUCAUCACCCUAGCUCGUAACAGCGACACUUGGGAAAUCGCUAAAUCUAUCCGUCACAUCGAGGACAGAUUCAACCGUAAAUACAACUACGAUUGGGUUUUCCUUAACGAUCAACCUUUUGAUGAGCAGUUCAAAAAAAUCACCACCCGUCUUGUCAGCGGAAAGACCAAGUAUGGCCUUAUUCCAAAAGAACACUGGAGCUUUCCCGAGUGGAUUGACCAGGACAAAGCUGCCGCUGUUCGUGAAGACAUGAGACAACGAAAAAUCAUCUAUGGUGAUUCCGUCUCCUACCGCCAUAUGUGUCGAUUCGAAUCCGGAUUCUUCUUUGAACACGAGCUUCUCGCCGAUUACGAGUUCUACUGGCGUGUAGAACCCUCAAUCAAGCUCUUCUGCGAUGUCGACUACGAUCCAUUCCUCUACAUGAAAGAAAACAAGAAGAAGUACGGCUUUACCCUUAGUUUGUACGAAUACAAGGACACUAUCCCAACACUCUGGGAAACCACCAAGAAGUUCAUGGCCGAAUACCCCCAUCAUAUUGUUGAAGGCAACAGCAUGAAAUUCAUCUCUGAUAACGAUGGAAAGGAUUAUAACAACUGCCAUUUCUGGAGUAACUUUGAAAUCGGCUCGCUUAACUGGCUCAGGUCGCCUGCUUACAGGGACUACUUCAAGUAUCUCGAUAGGGCCGGCGGUUUCUUCUACGAGAGAUGGGGUGAUGCUCCGGUCCAUUCUCUCGGUGCGGCUCUCAUGCUUAAGCAAGAAGAAAUCCACUUUUUCGACAACAUUGCCUACUGGCAUGUCCCGUUUACCCACUGCCCCACGAGUGAGGAAGAUCGCGAAAAAUACAAGUGCAGCUGCAAUCCCAAGGACAACUUCGACUGGAAGGGAUAUUCGUGUACCUCCCGAUUCUUUGAGAUGAGAGGAUGGGAAAAGCCAAAGGGGUGGGAGUAUCAGAUGAACUAA